AUGAAGGUCACCACUUCCGCCCUGUUCUCCGGGCUUUGCUGGUCUGCCCGUCUGGUCUCCGCUGAUUCCGCCAACAUCUACACAUUCGACCCGCAAUCCCCAGCGAGACCACAGCCCAGGACCCUCGACCCCGUCGCCGCGCGAUUGGUCGUGGCGCAGAGGGCGGGCGUCGAGGAUUAUCAUCGCGAUGACCUGAGAGAGGAGCCCGAGGAUAUCAUCGCUGCCAUUAAUGAUUAUGGGAGACGGACUCCCCUGUUUGCGGAGGAGACGACGAAGCUGGGUCAGGCCGUCAUUUUGCUGGAGGAAGAUGCUUCCAUCCCUUCAUUAGAAGCCUACACAUCCUUCUCCGUCUCCCCAGUCCCCGCCACAUGGGCCACUCGAGGCCUCCUCAUCGACCUGGCCAAGCAGUCGGAUCCUCAUACCAAUGUCCUUCUCAGUGACGUGGAUAUCAUCACUCCCAUGCGGAAUCACAGACAGCCAUCACCCGAUGUCAGCGGCAACUCCUACCAUUUCGUAAACUCCACCUCGGAAAUGGAGACCUUGUUCCGCAGCCUGGUCGACAGCAAGAAGUGGRGCAUCACCGCCAUCACCAUCCCUGCCCACCACGAACGCAACGACGACAACACCUGGGGAACGUGGAGGCUGCCUGACCAGCAAGCCAUCCUCAAGAAGAGACAACAGCGUGCUUCAGAGCAGAUCUUGACCGACGUUCGCGACUUCCAACCCGUGCAAUCCGCCGCACCUCUCGCUUCGAACAACAACAAGACAUCCAACAACACCACCCCUCUCAGAGGAAUCCUCCCCGCCUGCUACAACACCCAAGAGCACUGCGAAAAGGCCACACGCAACUGCUCCGGCCACGGCAGCUGUAGCAAAAAGUAUCACGACCCCGACUCGGGCUCCAGCGGAAUGGAUUGCUUCAGCUGCUCGUGCAAGGAUACGGUCGUGRAGAACAAGAAUGGCAAGAAGACAACCAAGUGGGGAGGUCCGGCUUGUCAAAAGAAGGACAUCAGCAUUGAGUUUUGGCUCAUCGCCCUCUUUACUGUCGGCUUGAUGUUCCUGGUGAGCUUCGCCGUUGGCAGCGUGUGGGAGAUGGGCAGUGAGGAGCUUCCCAGUGUUAUUGGAGCGGGAGUGAGCGGACCCACGGCGAGGAAGUAG